UGUGUGAGGACCGGACGUAUUUGGACUCUGUCAAGUUCAAUCUCGAUAAUUACCUCAUGCUGUUUACACACAUUCGCGUGACCAGCUGGCUUCCUCUCGGACAUUCAAGCCGCAAGUUUGGGCGGAGGAGCAACAGACUGGAAGCCGCUAGUUGAGUUGGAAAGCCGCCGGAAGAUAAGCUGGGCGACAGGUCUGACGCAGGUGGCAUUGUUCGGCCUUCCGAGCUCACUCGAGCGCGUGCUCGGUCGUUUCCGGCGUUCCUCGGUAAUUUCCGGCAGCCAAGCACAUAUAAGUUUCCGUCGCGCUCUGGAAUCCUCACAGUACACUUCGGUGCAAGGCGAAGAAGGGACAACAUAGGAGCUAGAAAACACAAUCAGGACUUUUGCAACAGGUGUUGAAACUGCGCCGAGAGAGAAAUGGCGGACGUUACGCUGAAACUCGUGGUGCUCUUUGUGACGUUCUACCUGACAUCGACGUCGCCAGUCAGUGACGACAGACAGAAAAGACAGCUGAGUCCCGAUUUUCCGGUGUCACCCGGGGGACGAGGUCCGUUCUACCCAGAACCGCCUGGGUACGAGAGUCCACUGGCCGAAAUCAGCAUGGCCACGGAAGAAAUGAAGGAAGGAAUGAAAUUCCUAGAGAAUUACGGCUACCUGAGGGAAGAGGACAUGCGUGACGACAUCGCCUCCAUCAGUGACGUAUCAGCCGCCAUCAAGCUGGUGCAGUACAACUACGGACUGCGCAUGACCGGAAGGAUGGACGAGUCCACUCUGGAGGCCAUGAGGAGGCCUCGCUGCGGGAUGUAUGACAUCAUCGCCGAUUACCAACUCUCCGGGACCAAGUGGGAGAAAAAUCACAUCACUUACAGGAUCGAGAACUUCACCCCGUACCUGACCGAGCAGGAGGUGCGGGACACGGUACGGACGGCCUUCGGGGUCUGGUCCGACUACACCCCGCUCACCUUCUCGGAGGUGCGCGAUCGCGACAGGACUGACGUGGACAUCCUGGUCGAGUUCACGAGCGGCGACCACGGAGACAACUCGCCUUUUGACGGGAGGUACGUUCCGGGUACAGGAAGGGGCCAGAACCUGGCGCAUGCGUUCCAACCGCCACGUGACUCGCACUCCUACCGCAUUGACGGCGACUCUCACUUCGACGGGGACGAGGAGUGGACACUCAACACGGACAGAGGCGUGAACCUGCUGAUUGUGGCUAUUCACGAGUUCGGGCACGCCCUGGGCAUCAGCCACACGCCUACCCUGGGCGCCAUCAUGUUCCCCGCUUACGUGUACCAGGAGGAGCCCUGCAUCCACCCGGACGACAAGGCCGCCAUCCAGGAACUAUACGGAGCUCAAGAAGUUCCCAACCCCACCCUUCCUAUGUGUACCAUUGCGCCGGAGAAGUGCAACACUCGGGAAUUUGACGCCACCUUGCGAUUCCGCGGAGAAUUGUUCUUCUUCAAGGAUGAGUAUUGGUUCCGGGUCAACGGACGUACAGGUCGCAUUUCCGGUCCCGAUCCCGUGCGACACUUCUGGGCGGACCUACCCAAAAAGCUGGACGCCGCGUACGAACGAGUUUCGGAUGGGAAACUUCUCUUCUUCAGUGGUAACCAGUACUGGCAGUAUGACGGCACAACUCCCGAGGCAGACAACCCCCGGCCCCUGUCCGAUUUCGGCCUGCCCGUGAGCUCCAUCGACGGCGCGCUGCCGUGGCGCCCGUCCGGGAAGACGUACUUCUUCAAGGGCGACCAGUACUGGCGCUACGACGAGGAGAACGCACGCAUGGACGAUGGCUAUCCGCGCCCCCUGGCGGUUUGGCGAGGACUGCGCCGCCUCGGCAGGGUGGACGCUGUGUUUGAAGGGGCUACUGGCGAUGAUCACAGUUACUUCUUCAAGGACGGGAAAUACUGGAAGUACAGUGAGAAGCUGUACAGGAUCGCCAGGGGGUACCUGAACGGCAAGGACAUCGCUACCGAGUGGCUGGGGUGCUAGACUUCGCACCACCCACUCUACAACUGGUUAGGCUAAGGUCACAUUUCCAAACCGGGGCCCAGCCGGGAUGUUUAGAGAAACCAAAAAUUAGAAUUUAUACCUAGAAAUAUAAAAAAAUGUAUGCCCAUGAAGCUUAUGUUGACAUUUUGUGUCUUUUGAUGCCUUUUAUAUCGUUCUUUUCCCUCCCGAAGGCUGCACGGCAAAUGGAAAUGUGACCUAAGCGUAAAUAAGGCCCCCGUUCCAAUAGACGGCGAUCACGCUGUGCUCUCCUGCGACCUAAAACAGAUGUGUGUAAUCGUGGAUUCCAUACUGGGUAGAUCUUAGAAUUUGUAAAAGUGCCACUGAAAAGACAACAAAACACACUAGACGUAAGAAGAUAUGUUUUUCUCUAUGCAAUUCGUUGACGAACUGUCAAAUUUAGGUCAUAGAGAGAGCGCGGUGAGAGCACCGUCCUACGGGAAAUGGCUAUAACAUCGACAUAGUAACUGUUUAACAGAGAAAGAUGUUUCUAAGUAGCCUUGUCGUCAAUUUUCUUAUUUUUGUAAGUGGAACUCAAUACUAAACGCCACUUUUGUCUUUGUGAUAAAUGCAGAAACCUCCAACACUAAAACAGCUUGGGAUUUUUAUACAUUUCCUUUGUACAUUAAUAAAAUUCUUGAGAAAUGAUUUAACAUGACUUUGUUUGUUUGUUUGUUUGUUUGUUUGUUUGUUUGUUUGCUUAUUUGCCCAUUAGUAAUUACAUAACUGAAUAGCCCCCCAUUAUGCCUAUGUCAUAUUUCCAAACCGGGGCCCGGCCGGGCUGUUUGUGGAAACGAAAAAAAAA